CUCGACUGUAGCUUCGAAAAUCGAACCGACUCCCGCUUCAAGCUGCAGCAUCACACGCACUUUCCAAGUACCCACCAUACGAUGUAUCUCGGCCAUGCGUCUGCGUACAUGGCGCUGGCCUUCUGGAUUGCGUCGUCGGCGGCGUCGUCCGUCGUCCGCCUCACCAGUGCCACGUUCGACGCGGUGACGCAGCUCCAGUCGCCCGAGACGGACUGGUUCAUUGCCUUCCACGCACCCAACUGCCAGUACUACAAAGCACUUGAGCCGACGCUCAGCGCUGUCGCCAAGGCUUUGCCCAAGCAACUGCGCGUUGGCGCGGUGGACGGCCGUCAAAACGCCGAUCUCAAAGACCGCUUCUAUGUGCGGCGAACGCCGACCGUGUACUUCUUCCACAAUGGACGCAUGUACCCGUUCAAGGGGCCGCAGACCGUCGAGUACAUGACCGAGUACGCCAGCGGCCGCUUCCGCGAGAUUGACCGCGCGAACCUCAACUUCAAACGCUACCAGCCCGUGCCGCCGCCGGUCCGACAACAGACGACUCUCGAUGACGUCAAUGCAACGUCGGCCGCGGACUCGUCGGCGACGUCGACGACCCAUCACUUGGCGGCAACUAGCAACAUGAAGAGUGAUUUGUAACGAGAAUAUGGUCAAUUUGUCUAUCUAUAGUCGUGGACGGG